GGAAAAAAAACCACAAUGGCACCGCGCUGCUUCAUCGUCCGCCACGGCGAAACCGAAUGGUCCCUAAACGGCCGACACACAGGAACAUCCGACCUCCCACUCACGGCAAACGGCGAGAAGCGCGUUAAAGCUACAGGCAAAGCGCUAGUGGGGGACGACAGGCUAAUUGUGCCCAAGAACCUAGUGCAUGUUUAUGUAUCCCCGCGCACGCGCGCACAGCGAACUCUCGAGUUACUGAAGAUAGGAUGUCGGGAGCGACUGCCGUGGAAUGAGAGGCGUAAGGCAGAGGAAGAGGAUCCAAUUCGCACGGAUGCGAAUGUAGAGAUCACGGAGGCCGUUAGGGAGUGGGAUUAUGGGCAUUAUGAGGGGUUGACUUCGAAGCAAAUUCAAGAGGAGAGGGAGAGGUUGGGGUUGGGCCCUUGGAAUAUUUGGACGGAUGGAUGUCCUGGGGGGAGAGUACGUCUUACCUGUUCCUUUUUAUCAGGGCGGUUUUCUUUAUGGAUCGGAUUGGAUUGGAUUGGAUUGGAUGGGAUUGGAUGGAUAAUGCUAACAUCUAUCAGAUCCCCCGAUGAUAUCGUUCGUCGUCUUGAUGCAGUGAUCGCUGACAUCAGGGAGAAGUAUCACCGUCCCUGCUUUGAGAACCCAGAUGGUCCAGGUGAUGUGCUCGUCGUUGCCCAUGGACAUAUCCUGCGUGCAUUUGCGAUGCGGUGGACUGGAAAGCCGUUGACGGAGACGGCCUUCAUUCUGGAAGCCGGUGGUGUGGGCACAUUAAGCUAUGAGCACCAUAAUAUUGAAGAGCCGGCGAUUAUCCUUGGAGGUGGAUUCGUCGUUGAGUAA